GUGUGUGUGUGUGAAAUACAUUUACAAUGAAAUGUGCGAUGGCUUUCACUGACACACACCUGCCACCAGCAGGUUCCUCGUUUGUCGAUAGAGGGUUAAUCGAUCAGAGCUCCUCGGCAGUCUGUAUAUCUCCUCCCACGCACCCUAUUUAGUGAAACCCCCUGCCCUUAGCUCCACCGCUUUGUGCAAGGGGGGAAAAACCUCAACCUCACUCAGUUCACGCUUACGGAAAGCUCUAAUCUUUGCUGAAGACAUGGCUCUGGCGGAUCCACAGCGUGGAGUAACUAACGGUGCUGGCUCAGCGUUUUCGGAAAUUAUCGAACUAAAUGUUGGUGGCCAAGUGUACGUGACAAGACGCGCAACUUUAACCGCAGUACCGGACUCUCUCUUAUGGGGCAUGUUCAUGAGCACACCAAAGGACUUGGCGCGGGAUAGUAAAGGGCGCUUCUUCUUGGACCGGGACGGCUUUCUAUUCCGUUACAUCCUAGAUUACCUGCGGGACCUGAACCUGGUGCUGCCCGAUUACUUCCCGGAGAAGAAGCGUCUACAAAGGGAGGCCGAGUUCUUUCAGCUGCGAGAGCUGUGCAAGCGCCUGAGUCCUAAAAUGAGCAAGGACGACUCGGUUUGUGAAGAGAGCUGCUAUCAGAGCGAUUCGGAUGAGGUGAUGGCGCACGGUGCAGCGGUUUCCGCACUCAGCAUGACGCCCUUGCCCUCAGCGGAAGUCAGAAAGUCGGGCUACAUCACCAUUGGCUACAGGGGCUCGUACACAAUCGGGAGGGACAUUCAGACCGACGCUAAGUUUAGGCGCGUGGCGCGCAUCACUGUGUGCGGGAAGACGUCUCUCGCCAAAGAGGUGUUCGGGGACACUCUGAACGAGAGCAGAGACCCGGACAGGUCUCCGGAGAGAUACACUUCGCGCUAUUAUCUCAAAUACAACUUCCUGGAGCAGGCUUUCGACAGGCUCACUGAGUUCGGCUUCCGAAUGGUCGCGUGCAGCUCCACAGGGACGUGCGCUUAUGCGAGCAACGACCCGGGAGAGGAUAAAAUCUGGACGAGUUACACAGAGUAUGUGUUCUGUCGGGACUAAGACACAUUGGAAAUGUACAGCUCAAUGUGUAUUAUUCAUGUAGAAAUCUACAAACAAUAGUGUAUUAGGUUAUUAGAAGUGAACACUGUAUCACUGAGUUACUUCAACACUAUAGAUGCCAAUUCAUUGUUAUGUGAAUACAGUCCUUCACAUCACUUUAGUGAUUUACUAAGUUACUGCGUAGUAGUUUCAUUAUGACCACUAAAAUUCAGUAAAUACAUGACGACAGAUAUUAAAGAUGUCGGAUUAUUUCAUAUUGUCCACUAGACUUUAUUUACAGAAACUACACAGAAAAAUCCCCAGUGUUGAAUUUACACCCUACAGUGUUUAUAUAAGUCCACUGGACACAAAUGAACACUCUUGGUGUUAAUUCAACACUAGGGAUUUUAUUGUGUACAGAGCACACCAGAGGUAAUGGAACUAAAACAAUUUCCAAUUACAUUUUAACCAAUAAUAUCUUUAUGCAUGUGCUCUCAUGCUUGUAAAGAAUUUGAGUAACCUAUUUGAUGAUGCAACGUGUAAUAUGUAAUGUGUUUGAUGUCUGUUUUAGCACAACAUACUAAUUACCCAUUAAGGAAAUUACUGAUUAUUCAUUAGCAUGUGCUUUCCUCGUUUCGCAUUCCUUCACUGUAAACAUUCCGAAAUGUUGUUCUUGUUAGAAAUCAAUGAAUGAAAACUUUUUAAUAUUUAUGAAACGGUUUACUCAUGGCCACGUGUUUGUUAUUAUUAUUAUUAUUAUUAUUAUUAUUUUAAAUAAUUGCACACUGUGCAUUGAUAUCAUCAGCUUUCCUAGAUUUGUGAAAGAUGCAAUUCUACACCAUUGUAAAAUAACAUUUUUUCUCUCUCUCUCUCUCUAAAAAUGGUCCGAUAUGUAUGUUUGCUCUGUGGUCUGUUGCUAACUGAAUUAUGUGUACUUUACUCUGCUUUAUAGCCUUUUGUGGAAAACAUGUUUCUAGUGGGGUAUAAAGUGUUUGCUCCAGUUUGCUAAUCACCACAUCUGGUUGGAUUUUUCUAUACAGAAUCACUGAGCUUUACAGUACCAAAUACUAAUACCAAAACCAAAUUAAGUAAGAUUAAACCUUUACACCUGUAUAUUGGAUGUAUGGAAGACCUCUUGCAUGAUAAUGCCUUAGAUUGAACGUUUCCAUAAAGUAUCAACAACACUUUA